CAGGCUUCGGCCUCAGGCGGGCAAGGACCCCUGGGCCUGCGGGGCUGCGCGCCGUCCGUCCGGGCCGGCACCCAGCGGGCGCAGAGCUGUGCGGGCCGGGCGGAGUCUCGAGCGGAGACCCCCAAGCGCGAGCCCCGGAGCCCGCAGGCUGGGCCGGAGGGGCCGGGCGGCGGCGGCGGCGGCGGCGGCGCAGAGCUUUGGGAUCGGGCCCGGCCCGUUUGCACCCGCGGCGGCCCGGCCGAGGUUCGCGGGACGGCGAGGCCCCAGGCGGCCGAUUUGGGCCCCGAGAGGGUUUUCGGCCCGAAGUGAACUUGUCCCGGAGGCCCAGAUCCGGCUCCUCGGGAACGGCGGCCCCGGGAGGCGCCGCGCCAGCUCCGGAGCCCUCGGGAGCGUCGGGGCAGGUCGGCAGGUCCCGACGAGGUCUGCCCCUACUUUCACUGUUGCCCAUGUUUUUACAAGAGGAGCAGAAGAUGAGUAGAUCGGUGGGGCCAGUGUCAUUCAGGGACGUGGCCGUGGACUUCACCCAGGAGGAGUGGCAGUAUCUGGAUCCUGAGCAGAAGACCACCUACCGGGAUGUGAUGCUGGAGAACUACAGCCACCUCGUCUCUGUGGGCUGUCACAUUAUCAAACCGGAAGUUAUCAUCAAGUUGGAACAAGGAGAAGAGCCAUGGAUAGUAGAAGGAGAAUUCCUACCACACAGUUACCCAGAAGAAGUCUGGAAAGCCGAUGACCUGGUUGAAAGGGUCCAGGAGAAUGAAGGCAAACACUCAAGGCAAGCUGUGUCCAUCAACAAAACCCCGACUGAAGAGAGAGGUAAUGUUCUCGGUAAGACUUUAAAUGUGGAAACGAACCCCAUUCCUUCGAGGAAAAUGUCCUAUAAGUGUGGCUCAUGUGAAAAGAGUUUGAAGUCCAUUUCAGAAUAUAUCAGUAGUGAUGGCAGCUAUGCAAGAAGGAAGCCUGACGAAUGUGGUGCGUGUGGGAAACCGUUUCCCCGUGUGAAGCUUGAGAAAACUCAUCAAGGAGACCAAUCUUACGAAUUUAAUCAAAGUGGGGGAGCUUAUAGUCUAAACGAAGAAAGUAUUUAUCAGAACAUUCAUAUUUUGGGGAAACCCUUCGAAUAUAUUGAAUGCCAGAAAGCCUUUCAGAAGGAUCCAGGUUUUGCUAACCAUAUGGAGGAGAAGCCCUAUAAGUGGAAUGAAUCCGAAAUAGCCUUUCUUCAAAUGUCCAACCUCAGUGUACACCAGAGGUCUCACAUGGAAAUGAAGCCCUACGAAUGCAGUGCAUGUGGGAAAUCCUUCUGUAAAAAGUCAAAGUUUAUCAUACACCAGAGGACUCACACAGGAGAGAAACCUUAUGAAUGUAAUCAGUGUGGGAAAUCCUUCUGCCAGAAGGGAACCCUCACCGUCCAUCAGCGCACACACACAGGGGAGAAGCCCUACGAAUGUAACGAAUGUGGGAAAACCUUCUACCAGAAGUUGCACCUCAUUCAGCAUCAGAGAACUCACUCAGGAGAGAAGCCCUACGAAUGUAGUUACUGUGGGAAAUCCUUCUGCCAGAAGACCCACCUCACACAGCACCAGAGAACACAUUCAGGAGAGAGACCCUAUGUCUGUCACGACUGUGGGAAAACCUUCUCGCAGAAGUCAGCACUGAACGACCACCAGAAGAUUCACACGGGCGUGAAACUCUAUAAGUGUAACGAGUGCGGGAAGUGCUUCUGCCGCAAGUCUACUCUCACCACACACCAGCGCACGCACACCGGGGAGAAGCCCUACGAAUGUAACGAGUGCGGGAAGUUCUUCUCUCGGCUGUCCUAUCUCACCGUGCACUACAGGACUCACUCGGGAGAGAAGCCCUACGAAUGUAAUGAGUGUGGGAAGACCUUUUACCUGAACUCCGCCCUCAUGCGGCAUCAACGAGUGCACACCGGGGAGAAGCCCUACGAAUGUAACGAGUGCGGGAAGCUCUUCUCUCAGCUGUCGUACCUCACCAUCCACCACAGGACUCAUUCAGGAGUGAAGCCCUACGAAUGUAACGAGUGUGGGAAGACCUUCUACCAGAACUCGGCCCUUUGCAGGCACCGGAGAAUCCAUAAAGGAGAGAAGCCCUACGAGUGUUACAUAUGUGGGAAGUUCUUCUCUCAGAUGUCGUACCUCACCAUCCACCAUCGGAUCCAUUCAGGAGAGAAACCGUAUGAAUGUAACGAGUGUGGGAAAACCUUCUGCCAGAAUUCAGCCCUUAAUAGACAUCAGAGGACACACACGGGAGAGAAAGCCUAUGAGUGUUACGAAUGUGGGAAGUUCUUCUCCCAGAUGUCCUAUCUCACCAUCCACCAUCGCAUCCACUCGGGAGAGAAGCCCUUUGAAUGUAACGAAUGUGGAAAAGCCUUCUCUCGGAUGUCCUACCUCACCGUGCACUACAGGACUCAUUCUGGAGAGAAGCCCUACGAAUGUAACGAGUGUGGGAAAAAAUUCUACCACAAGUCAGCCUUCAAUAGCCAUCAGAGAAUUCACAGGAGAGGGAGUGUGAACGUACUGGAUGUGGGAAGGCUUCUCUGAAGUCCGAGAACCCUCUCAGCGUGGUGAGCGGGCAGCUCCUGCCGUCGUCCCUCAGAGUUCACACGGGUGAUGCACACGAAUGAGCCUUUGUGUUAGUCAGACUUGAAAUCUGAGAGUUCACAGGGUAGAGACCACAGUUGUAACAAGACCACAGUUGUAACAAGGACUUGUCGGAUACCAGACUGUACGGAAGUAAACAUUUAUAAAUAUGUAGGAUGUGUAUGAACUUCACCGUGGACUCAAACUGUUUUACAUAUCAGGGAAUUCAUACCAAGGGAAAAUCUCUCAAUUUAACGGAGGUGGAAAACAUACUCCUUUGGAAAUUAUUAAUAUUAAAUGUUUGUGAUGUAGUAACAAGCUUCUUGGAACUUGAAUAACUGUUGUGAGUAAAGAUACUUGUGCAAACAGAAGCUGUCAGAUCAGCAGGUAGUGAUCAAGGCUGUAGCAUCGCAACUGACGCUCGUACGUGAGUGUUCCUGGGAAUGUAGGACUUACGUUUUUGAGGAGUUUUUAAGUUUGUUUGUUCCCUUGUUUUUAGGAUGCUCCAUUACAGGAAUUGUAUGUUCAUUUGAAUCAUGUUUGAAAAGCCAUUGUAACCUUAGUAGAAUAAUUUCUAAGACAUGGUAAGAUUAUCCAUUUGAAACUGCUCCACCACGUUAGUACCCUAAUACUGUCACUGAACUCGUAUCUGAUCGCGUAUGAAGUACACUGCUUCUCCCACUCUUCCCUGUCAAUGAACUAAAUCGUCUAUAAAGAAGCUAAUGUUUUUGUAAUGUGUUCAACUUUACCUGAGUCAGCAAGAGAUAGAAAUCUAUGCAUAAAAUAGAAAACCAUAUAGAUAAUUUUGUUAAUGCCAGAAGUUUCCAGUAGUAGGUUUCCUAUAGCACUCGUUGCAUUCUCUACAGUUAAACAGAAAGACUUAAAGUAUUUCCAUUUUGUACUAAUUUUUUUUUUCGAUCUGUUUUAUUAUUUUUUUAGUUCGGAUGCCUACAUAUGUGUAAGUGUGCAGAGCACACAUACUGUGUAACUUAGUAAUUAUCCGUAUUUUUACUUGAUAUAAUAAUGUUUUUAAAUAUUGUGCUCUACUCCUUCCUGAAUGAAUGAAGAACUCUUCAUACGGGUUUGUGGCAGACGUUGGUGAACGACCCUCGUCACUCACUUCUUACUGUUUGCCGGCGGAGUUUGGGUAUCCAUUCCUCCUCAUGGAAUGAGGGAUAGAUCCUGACUAGUUUCAGUUAAUAAUGGGAAUCCUUUUCUCAUUGCCAGCCAUUGGUUUAGAGUGGUCACAGGACCCAGUUCUGUGCAGAUGAACAAAGGAGAGAUCUGACAGGCUAUCUCUGGAAAACAUUCCUUCAAAGAUUCGAGGGAUGAAUCAUGCAGGGUGAAGUAGAGUCUUCUGUCGAACGUUGCCUUCUCUGCAUGGGAUGCCUGGUUGUGUCUUUCACAUACGGAUUAUAAUUUAAGCAUGGCCGAGCAGAAAUAUCAGGAGAACCUGGGACCUAGAUGAUGACGUUGAGCCACUGAACCAACCAGCCAUGUAGCUGGGCCACCUCUGGACUGUCUCUUCUGUAGUAGACUAAAUUUACUUUUAUGCCAGUUGAUUUUGGUUGCUCUGUUAGCCAUAACUGAAGAUACAAAGUUAUACCUUUGUAGGAAUUAUGCAAUUGAGAAGUGGACUUUAGGUAAAUCAUCUAUUUAGAAGUAAGUACUGAUAGAGAGCUUUAUCUUAACUUUCUGUAAAUUUGGAUGUAAAUAGUUUGAGCACUACAAAUCAACUUGAAACAAUUAAAUGUAUGUUUCCUUGAAUUGUUACAUCAUUGACCUAAGAACCUUUAGAGCCUGAUAAAGUGUCAGGUAUACCUUCCUUUUUACAAUGCAUGACAAAUUUUGUUUAGGUUAAUUUAUGUUAUCCAUGGAUCAUCGCUAUAGUGUGAGUUGACAACAUAGGUGUGGAGGGUAAGGACCUUUGCUUUCCAGUGAUUAGCCGAAUAGCCUCUAUUUGAAUAAUUGACCCCUUACGGCUGAGAUGAAAUGCCAUAUUUUCUGUGUAUUUCAAUCACUCGUGCCACCUGUUUUUGUUGCUUAGCACUUUCCCUCCACAUUCUUCUAGAUAAUCGUGAGUAUGCUACAUAGCAGGAAUGAAAAGUCUGGUAGGUUGUAUAGUUUUGUGUAGGAAAAUAUACUCGUGGUGUAUUUGUGGAAAUGAUACCUACAAAGAUUCCCACCAUAGUUUGUCAUUAUAGCUUUAAAUACACGGUAUGCAUUUUAAGUAAAAUACUCAAAAAGUUUCAA